AUGUCCGACGCCUCCACUGCAAAGUGCAAACAGCCCUUCCAGCUGCUCGAAAUAGCUCAAGAUCGCCUCGAAACCUUCAUCCCCCUGCAGCGACCUCGGGUAGUCGCCCUUGUAGAGCCUGAUCGCCUCGUUCACUUGGGCCGCCAGGUCCGACAGCUCCGAGCUCGAUUCAUCCACCGCCGCCGUUGCCCAUCAGAACACGUUCUGGAUCGAACUGUCCAGCAUGGGAGGGUCGUGCGUCUUUGGAGAUUCACCGCCUCCACCAUGAUCGAAGUCCUCCGGGAACCAGUGAGCGCUCUCGACGCAAGCAUGCUGCAUUUCCAUAUCAGACCCGACAACGCCUCUACUCUCGACUGCUUGAUUGCCGCAAGGGCUCUAAGCUUUUUUAUUGAGUCAAAAUCGAAUGCGAAUCGCCUCGUUGCUAAGUUCUUCCCUUCGUUGAACGGCGCCAUCCGGAUCGCCGCGAGACACGACGCAAAAGGUUUUUAG